AUGCGAGGCUACAUGGAGGCCUACGGGAUGAAGGACCUGCAAGUCAUCGGACUCACACCCUGGGCCCUACUGGCCAACGCUGAAUGUCUUCGUUCAGAUGACUUCCUGGGAAAGACGCGCUUUUCGUUGCCACAGAAGACCACCAGUUCGCAGAAGGGCAUCCAACUAGCGGAAAACCACACACACUACAUUUUGAUUGAUACGCCAGGCAAAGCAAUGAGCGAUAUGAUUAGGUUUCGGGCCAAUUUUGAAGCCUGGAUUUCACGACGCCCUAAACUAGUGACCGAUGAAGACCAGAAGGAUAGUAAUAAAUUCGCGCGCAGCUCUACUUUGGACUCUGCGACUACCUACAGUAUCACCUCUGAGUACCAACACAUCACUGGUAAGUCCGUAUGCUGUGGCUUAAUGUGCAGUAAAGAACCUGUCUGA